UGUCUGACUUGUGAUCUUUACCAUGUCUGGGUUAUCGUUUUUAUGAGAUGGUACUUUAUUUGGUUCGUUAGUGCCAUGGAAAGAAUGGAUAAUACUGUUUUAUCAUCUUCCGAUAAGGGUACUUCUAGCCCUCCAGUGUCGCGCCAUGUUGUUCAUGACCGUUAUGAAUGUUAUACCAACGAUGUAUCUACACCUACUAAUUCAAACGUGGCUCGUGAGAACAAAUCUCGUUACAAGAAUGUGCAGAUUGGCCCUGUGAUGAGUGCCAAUGAUGUGGAUGCUCUUUUGAGUCGCAAGCCUAAUGCAGUUCGUAAUUUUAUAAAUUCUUUAAAUGAGCAGAUGCGUCACCGCGUAUCGCCAACAGGUGCUAUGGACACAGUAUCGCCAGUUACUCCUGAUGACUAUGUACCUGAAUUUGAUCGCGAAUUACGUGAGUGCAACGUGUCUGUGAAGUCUCGCAUUAACAUUUUUGACAGGAAAAAUACUGUUAUAUCUCGUGGAGCGCGGCUUAUGCCGGUUGAUAGUUGCACUUCGGCUGACAAUCAAGUGGAUGAUAUCGCAGCUGAUUUGUCUAGUGAUGCUGGUAACCCUAUAGACAAUAUAUCAAAUUCGUCCACGCGGUUUGAUUACGCUUCAGAAACGGAUGCAAACGUUCCUUCAUGGGUUGUGUAUAACCUGAAAACAGGUUACUUAAAUGGUAAUACACCCGACCCAAGUUUAGGCUCUAAUAUACCUACAUUGAAUAGUGGUCGUAGCAACACAGAUACUGUGUCUUUUGGUGGCAUACCACAUAAUUUCGGAUAUCCAUCGAGGUCUAUAAGUUUUGGAUCACACCGCCCUCUGUAUAUCUCGCAACACUCUCCGCAUACUGCUCCAAACUUGUCAUCCGCUACUCAUGAUACCGAUGACAGUGGUGUUUCAAAUCGCUCUAACAGCAUUCAUUCACUUCGCCAGACUAGCAUUUUGGGCGAUGCACGCUCGGGUGAUAUUGAAUUACCCCUGGAGCUGAUUAAUCGCGAUUGCGUUCCCGACGCGUCUUUACAGAUACCAGUUGCGAAAUCGGAUAUAUCGGAUGUCGACGACUUAUAUAUUACACUGCAUUCUGCGGGUGUCGACAUUCGUUUACGUUCAGUAAAUGUAGUUAAGUCAGGUUGGACUUGGAUGUACAACUUAAAGGCUGGUCGUUGGUUUCCCAAGUUUUUGGUUUUAUUUUACGACGAGCCGGAGCGCCCUCACAAUUACCAAUUGCACGCAACUAUUCAUGAUCAGUAUCCCACUAUCCAUGAAGAUGUGGAGCAGGAAACACGUUUUUGGGAUAUUUACAAGAUUUACUCCAACAUGUGUCGUGAUGCUCCUUCUGAAUACGCCCCUUGCCCCGAUGAUUCUACAAGUUCUAGAUUUGAACAAAACCCUGGACAUUUAUGGCCUAACAGUGCUUCUGGCAAUUUAACUCCAGACUCUAGUGUUCUAUCUAAAUCAUGCUUGCAGUACUAUCGUGACAAUGAUUCCGUAGCUCGUCUAGACAAUCGCCAUCUUGGCACUGUGGUCAUUAUCCCUGAUGGCGCCUCUGUUUAUUUGACAAUUUUUGAUGAGAUGAAGGUUGAUAUAGAGGGUGCUUUACGCCUGGGCGAAUUCCGUGAAUUAAUGGCAGUGGACACAACUCAAGUCCCGUAUACCAAGCUCUAUGCCCCUAGGAACUGGUUGGCCAGCCUGAUAACUCGUAGUAUUGGAAAGGAUCCCAUGUAUCUAAUUCAUAUACCACUAGUGAAUGGUUACGAAUGCGUAUUCAUGCCACUUUGUGCGGCGCAAUUUUCUGGUGUUCGCUUAACUUAUGAUAUGGAGCGUGCAUUAUCAACUCGUGUUGGUCGUGAGUACGAGCAGUGGUUAUUUGCUAUAUGGGAGUUUGUGUUACGUCAUGGUGACAUAACCCCUGGGAGUACAUAUGCAGAUCAUUGUACUACGGAAUCUCGGCCUAUGCGUGUUAUAUCUAUCGUAAAAACGUGGGUACGCAAUGCUAUGGAUUACAUUAAAUCGUUAUGGGUUACGACUCCAGUCUUAUGUAUAGCUGACAAUUCAUCGACUUCAGUGGACCCUGCCAUGGACACGUUAUGCCAGGAACAAUCGUAUUUACGUAGCGUGUUGGUCGAUGGGAUCGCCACCAAAUCUGGCGUUGGCACUCCGGAACACAAGGAGUCGGUGAGCAAGGGCUUUGCUCAGUGGAUUGAGUCUCGUGGCUUUGACGAUCUUUCUGUGAGCAUGAAUAUAUACAGCAUUACUAGUCGUUAUGCUAAUCCUGAUCUUUGAUUGACCUAGUUUAAUGUUUAAAAAAAUGAAA